GUUUCUGGGGUUGAUACUUUUCACUUCUCCCUGCUGCUCUGUCCUCUGCCAAGGAUCUGAUCUACAAUGGACAGUCUUUUUCUAUGGUAGAUUUGAGGCCCAGAAUACUGUUCGCAGAUGCAGUGAAGGACUGUUUCGAACAAACACCCAAGACCACUUGCGGCAGUACUGUGUGAUGAAAAUAACGCCUAUUGUCAGAUUUUGCAUUUGGAUGUCAAAGGCUACUGAGCUGAGUAAUCUGAGCGCCCCGUCUUUUCGGCAGUGACCAAGUGUUCUACCUUCUCUCAGACUGAGUGACAUGAUGCUGGCCUGGAAUGUAUAUUCGUCAUCACAACGACACUGAAUGAAUUACGUGUGCAGGCCCUGGAUAAAGAGAGAUGGCCUCGUAGAAUGAAAGGCACUGCUUGCGACUUGGGUGAUCCAGAUGCAGUGAAGCUAGUGUAGUAAUGAUGUCAGGGUGGUGGGCCCCUGCCGCGUUUAGCCUGGCCCUGUACGUGUACACGUGUACGUUCAGAUCAUACAUCCACCCGGAUGAGUUCUUCCAGUCCUCCGAGGUCAUAUCAGGAGGCUGGUUUGACAUUGUGCACUACACACCAUGGGAGUUCACAGGCACAGCGCCAUGCCGCUCCGUUUUCUUUCCUAUGCUGCUCUUCACGGCGUCCGGCUCGUUCUUGGCCGAGCCUGGUGGUAGUAUCUUUCUGUACCGGGCCAUUAUGGCAUUAUUGUUUGUUAUCCUCAUCUGCUAUUUCCGCUAUAUGCUGAGUAUGUUCAGCAAGAACACAUCCUGCCUGCCGCUGAUGCUGUCACCCAUAUGGUAUACCUUCAUGCUUCGGCCAUUCUCUAAUUCCAUCGAGGUCUACUUGCUUGCUGGUAUCAUCAUGUUGAGUUUUCCUGGUCUUACGCCUAAGGGCAAAAUCGGCGUUUAUCUUGCCAUGGGGUUCUUCAACCGACCAACGUUCGCUUUCUUUGCCGUUGUUCCAACGCUGUCCUGGCUGUACAAUGUGCUUGUGCAUUGCCCGAGGCCAGCGGAACGCCGGCGCUUGAUCGUCCACAACCUGCUACUGCAGGGGGCUGGUACGUCACUGUUCCUCGUUGCCUUGGACACGGUGUACUUCAGUUACCACAACAGGGCAUGGACUUGUGGAAGCAAUGCACCCGUACCCGCACAGAUUGUGGACUGGACAGUGCACAAGCUAACUGGCUGUUCUCCUUCAAGUCCUCUCUCCAUUGUGCUGACGCCGCUGAACUGGCUGCACUACAACAUGCAUUCGUCUAACCUGGCGGAGCACGGCAUUCACCCAAGAAUCACGCACAUUGCUGUCUACAUGCCGAUGCUGUUCGGAGUGCUGGCCGGGAUCUUCUUUGCCUUCUGCGCCCACUGGCUGCUGUACCGGGAUCUGAAGAGCUCAGCAGCGUUGUUCAUACGGUCACCGAGUGUUAUCUCAUUGCAUGCUUUCCAUGGCGGCCUGAACUGGAGAAACGAGCCGCAGCACAGCUGGCAGGAGAAUGAAUGGCAAACGGUUAAGCACGCUACGUACCUCCUGACAGGAACAAUACUCGUACCCUUGUUGGCGCUCUCUACAGCUCCACACCAAGAAGCUCGUUUUUUGCUGCCACUCGCUGUUCCCCUGAUAAUCGGAUUCGCCCAUCACAUCCUCAAUUCGCGCUUGCUGCUUAGCCUGUCCAUUGUGCACUGUGUACUCCUCUCGAUUUUCUUUGGCAUCCUACAUCAGGGCGGUGUCAUCCCGGGCCUGCAAUAUCAGCGUCAGCAUCUUCGUCAGGUCCCGUUUGCAGGCCGCCAGGUGCACUAUCAACAUCAUCUGCUGUACUACAAGACCUACAUGCCGCCACGCACGCUCCUUGCCUGGCCGAGGGCCCUCUCUAGCCGACUGCACGUGCAUGAUCUGGCCGGUUCACCUCGGGAGAAGCUGCACUCCUUGGUGAAUAGCUUACACAACGCUUCCACGCAGUCGCCGUCGAUGUUCCACGUCUGGUUGAUGACGCCGUGCAGUGUACGGAUGCGAGACUGGGCGUACAGGACUCGCACGCAUCUCAACAUCACGGUUGAGGCACGCUUCGGACCUCACCUGAGCAUGGAGGACCCACCGCAUUUGCUGACUAGAGAAGACUGCAUUCUCAGUGACUCGCACUGCCACGCGGCUACUGAGCGCCACUACGCCAUUGCACCGGUGCUCAACUUCUUGCAGUUCAGCAUGCGCAUGUGCUUGUAUAGAAUUGAAUUUCACAAUGCAACAUGUUCACUGCCUGCAGGAGCUGUCCCAUUUUAGGGAGACCUUGCUGGACAAGGACAAUGGUUUAGGUACCAGCUUUUGAUAAUGCUGAAGCCACUUGAAUUCCUCUGCAGUACGAAGUACAUUCCAGAUGUCAGUCUUUGACAGCAAUGCAGGUAGGUGCCACAAAUCUCAUUUACGAAAUAUAUAUAAUGUUUAGCUUCAUCUGCGUCCCACUCCCAGAUACAUUUGUUGCGAAAUUCCGUUCGACCAUUAUUUACGCACGUUGGAUUUGGUUCUGGUCCUGUA